GGAUCAUUACUCAGACACACUCUUCCUUCAUUACUUGCCCCUUCAUUCUUCAUCCUUGGAUCACUAGCACAGACAGAAGUCAUGGGAAACGCACAGAGCGGAGGGAUUCCCAGAGAAAUCCUGGAUGACCUGAAGCUCACCACCAGGUUCUCCGAAUCUGAGAUCACCCAGUGGUAUGAGAACUUCCAGAAGCAGUGUCCUACAGGUCGCAUCACACUGCAGCAGUUCGAGGAGAUCUACGGUAAAUUCUUCCCUGACAGCGAUGCCACCACUUACGCCCAACACGUUUUCCGCUCCUUUGAUGCCAAUGACGAUGGAACGUUAGACUUUAAGGAGUACGUUGUGGCUCUUCACAUGACCUCCUCGGGCAAGUCCACCCUAAAGCUGGAGUGGGCCUUCUCACUGUUUGAUGUGGACAAGAACGGUUACGUCACAAAACCUGAAGUGAUUGAACUCAGCCAGGCCAUUUUCAAACUCAUCCCCAAAGACAAGCAGACAAGUCUUCCCAACGAUGAGAGCACGCCAGAGAAAAGAGCAGAGAAACUCUGGGCCAUCUUUGACAAAAAGGACAACGAACGAGUGGCAGAGGGGGAGUUCAUUGAAGCCAUCCAGUCAAGCGAUGAUGGUCUACGGCUCAUUCAGUAUGAUCAUAAAUGAGCCAGCAUAAUCAUUAUCCUAUAACGCGAGUUUUUUUUUUUCAUGCUUGAAUGUAUGUGUAUUUGUUGCUUAUUAAAUGUGUUAAAGGUUCACCAUCAUAAAGGUGCUGUCUGUACAGUUUUGACUCUUCUAAUUCAUAAAAAAUACCACAAUAUGUUAGCAGAUAUAAGGAAUAUAAUAAAUUAACAUACUACUUUAUCUGAAAAACAAUGCUAUAGUCAGUUAUUCUCCUUUGAAAAUGUACAUUCUGUAUUGCUAUGUCUGUCUUUGUUUUGGUCUGUGUAACUCCACCCACUGCCAGUUUACCUAAUUCUAUUUUGGCACUCCAGGUUGCCAUGUUGGGAAAAAACCCUCCCCACUCCAAGUGUAUCUGUGGACUGCAAUAGAGGGGCGUAACAUGAAGGGGGCGUGACUUACAGUUGUAAGUUAGAGGCGUAACAUGCAGUUAUCAAGAUCCCUUUGACCCAUGGCAGAUGUCAAUGAGAUGUUGUUAGCAAGAUGGUGGAAAUACUUUCCGAAGAACAUUUUCAGCAAAUGUUUUCAUAUUCUCCACAUUUAUUCAUAACAUAUUCAUUUGCUAUAUUAUUAUUUUCAUUCGUUCAUUAAGCAACUGUACUCACUGACUUCCACUGUUGCCAACUAUUUUCAACAAAAAGGCACUUAGCUGUGCCUGAAAAGUCGCUAAAAGUUGCUAGAUUACAUCAUACAUUAAUUUGCAUAUUACUGACGUCAUCACGUUCUACCAUUUCUGUUUGUUUAACAGCCUACGGUCAAUAAAGGGGUAUUUAUAUUUGCACUACACUUUGUGUAAGCAUGUCAAUUUAACUAAAUUUAUUGCUGUUUGGAUACAGCAUAUCAUAGAUGUGUGGUGAAUUUGCAGUAAUCUCUCAGGCGUAAUAAACUCAGACAAGUUCUGAAAUUGUCACUUAAAUCUCUUUGAUUGUGAACAAUAAAAGAAUAACCGGUCAAGUUAUAUUGUUAAAAUAAAGAAGAAGCAGAUCGGUUUGACUGUACAAGAGAAAUACCUUAACACUUCCGGUGCUAAAUCAUUUGCCGUCAGUACGCAGAGGGGGGAUCUGCAGGUGGGAGAGGCUGCUGUACGAAGACUGGGCCGCCUGUCAGUGCUCAGAGCCGGGGGAGGGGCUGAUGGCAUCACCUGCAGCUCGUUAAGAAGGGUAACGCCCCAUUCACACGGGGCUUCAGCGCCAACGCUUCCUAUUUACUUUGAAUGGGUGAUGUCAGGCGUUGCCGAACUGCAUUGUGGAUCCAUCGGCACCACUUCAGAGGCGUUGCUCGGCGCAGAAGUUGGGACUAGUUCAACUUUUCAAGCGUUGACGGAAGCGUCAGCCAAUCAGAUUGCUGAAUGCAAAUACACCAGUUAGACAGUGGCCUAUUGCUGACAGAAUUUCAUUGGCUGAUGCUGCUAUGACGAUCGCGGCAACCUUAACUUCAGACAUGCCUUCAGUCAAGCGUUGACCCUGAAGCCCCUGUGAAUGGGGUGUAAGGACGGAAAUGACAGCCUAUAAAAAUCUCCAGUAACACACAAAAAAGUCACCAGAUUUGUCGCUAGUAGCUUUUUUGAAAAUUUGUCGCUAAGGGGGGGUCUGAAAAGUCGCUAAAUAUAGUGACUAAGUCGCUAAGUUGGCAACAUUGCUGACUUCUUCACCUGUUUUGGCAUGACAGUUAACCUACUCAACGUUGCCCUCCUGUGGUUGUAAAUAACAGUACAAUGACCCCAUGUAUAAUGAUAGAAAUUAGGUCUGAACCUGUCGGAUCCCAUCGGGUUUCUUCAGGUUUGGGCAAACAUCUUCAGCUCUAAUAUAGACGUUAACAACUGUGAUGGUUGGGUUCAGGGUUGUGGAAGGUUUAGACACCAUUAACUGUGAUGGUUGGGUUUAAGUGUCGACGUUAAUAACUGAUGUACAGUGUCAUAUUGCCGACAACAUAGCUUUUACAUGUGGGUCUCCGUAACUUGAAGUUACGCCUCUAACAUACUACAAGUUACACCUCUUCAUGUUACGCCCCUGUCUUGCAGUCCGCAGACAGACCCUACACUGAAUUUGGACUGCAAUACCUAGUUCAACCACAAGAUGUCAAUCCUACAUACUGCACCUUUAAAUUUGAGUGCCGCCAUUUUAUAAGCAAUAUGUUAAUUUUGUUUUUGUGUCAUGAACAUAUUUGACUUUUUGUCAUGCGUUUUGUUGUGAUUUAGAGCUUUAUAUGCUUUUCACCUUGUUUAAAGUCUACUUUUAUUUUGAUAGUCUUAAAGUGAACAAUCGUUCUAUGGAAGUUGAUACUUAAAAACAUUUGUUUAGGUAAUCUUUGAUCCAAAUCUGGUGACGGGUUGGGUGAAAUACACCUACACCCCUCAAGUUGUUAAUUUAUUGCAACUGAAAGAUGAGAGGAGGAGCAAAAAAUAAGACCCCGCCCCCUACUGAAUAUUAAAACGUCAUCCUACUGUCAUUAAAGUCUGCAGCAAACUAUAGUUUCAUGCAGAUUUUAAUCGCAUACCUUAUAUGAUCAUUCGUAAUUAGUUUUGGAUUAUAGUUUGUAGGUUCAUGUUCAGUUGAUGUGCUGUUGAUUAGUCUCACAAAUGGGUUUUGAUGGAAAUAGUCAUGUUAAAUUUGUUUGAUAAUUCUCAAUGUGUUGUUGAUUUCAUUCAAACAAGAUUUUUAUGGUUUAUUUUUUGCACUACAUUACAUUUGUUUCUAACAGUAUUAUUUCCUUACAGUUGUGUAAAUAUUACACAAUCAAAAGUAAUUUGAAUGAUUAUAUUUUUUGUUAUUUCUUGAUUUGAAUAUUCAAGUUUUGGCCUGGUUUUGAAUAUUUAAGAAUUUGUGUGUGUCUGCUUGUAUUAUAACUUGAACAUGCUUCCUAUCUUCACCAUAAACAAGACUACGAAACAUAAGAAAAA